AGACCUUGCAAACAACAAGUGCACGUGAGUGAAAUUCCCACGAACUCACCGAACGUGUAUGUUUCUGUUUCGAAUUCAUUCAUGUUAUUUCUGACGGUGGUGCAAUUUCACUUCUCUGACGUAUGUCUGUUUAUGAAUGAAGACACAUUAAGUCCCAAAUCUGUCCGUAUCAGUUUCUAGUCCGUUUCGUUUACACGAAAGAAACAAAAUUGUUGCACUCAAGUCUUACUACUUUGUCAGGUCAGAGCUUAUCAUACGCGUAUCACACACUGUACACAUUCUGUACCGUGUACGGUACAUUUUUGCACGUAUUACUAGUUGUACGUGUACGUAGGCUGAGCAUGGGAGAACGGAGCUCGGAAACAGACGGUGCUUCAGGCAUGUCAGGACAGUUUGAUGAUGCAGAUAUCGCUGAUGAGGUUUCCAGCAAGCUAAAGAUGGAAGUGUCAAAGAAUAGGACAAGUGUUUUGAGUCCACAGGAAAUUGAGAAGGGAAGGACACUGGAUGACAAAAUGACUGAAAUGAUGAUGGGCAGUGAAGAUGAGGAGGAAGAAGACGAUGAUGAAGAUGAAAUGUGGGCAUGGGAAGGGGAAACAGCAGAUUUUACAAAGCGAUAUAAUGCUUCACGAUCACACACGUCACAGCCCAAUGCAUCCCAGCCCAACUGUCAGAAGAAAGGCCAGUCACAUUUUCAGCCCCAGGAGAAAUCGUUGACAAGAUUUUCCAACAAGAUCAGUGUAGAGAAAUACGAGGGACCACAGAGCCUGCCUGGCAGCGCCACCAACCAAAUACUGAAAACCAAUAAGAAGGCACAAGCAGACAGGGUACGAGUGAAAGACAAAGCGGACAGGGCAACAAUGGAGCAGGUACUAGAUCCCAGGACUAGAAUGAUCAUCUUCAAGUUGUUAAGCCGUAACUUCAUCAGUGAGAUCAACGGAUGCAUCAGCACAGGGAAAGAAGCUAACGUGUACCAUGCCACGACCAAAACAGAGCAUCACAAAGCUAUUAAGGUUUACAAGACAUCGAUUUUAACAUUCAAAGACAGGGACCGAUAUGUCACUGGGGAAUUCCGAUUUCGUCAUGGUUACUGUAAACGCAACCCUCGCAAGAUGGUGAGAACGUGGGCCGAAAAAGAAAUGAGGAAUCUUAUUAGGUUGCACUCGGCCGGCAUUCAGUGCCCGGAACCUUUCUUACUGAGAGGGCACGUUCUCGUCAUGGAAUUCAUAGGAACCGAUGGCUGGCCGGCCCCAUUAUUAAAAGACGUGACCCUGUCUGAGAGCAUGGCCAGGGAGCUGUACGUUGAUUGUAUCCAGAUGGUCCGACAGAUAUACCAUGAUGCACGCCUAGUGCAUGCAGACCUCAGUGAAUUCAACAUGCUUUACUCUGAAGGUAAACUGUACGUGAUUGAUGUGUCUCAGUCGGUUGAACACGAUCAUCCCCACGCGCUGGAAUUCCUCCGAAAAGACUGCACCAAUGUCACAGAGUAUUUCCGGAAGAACGGUGUGUGCACUAUGACUGUUCGCGAGCUGUUUGACUUCGUAACAGAUCCUAACAUUAACAAAGACAACAUCGACGAAUACUUGGAGAAGGCAAUGGAGUUGGCUUCUGAGAGAUCAGAACAGCAGCAAUCAGAACAAGAAAAAGUCGAUGAAGAGGUCUUCAAGACGGUUUUCAUCCCGCGUAACCUUGACGACGUUGGGGAUUACGAGGAGGACAUCAUGAAAGUUCAGAAAGGACAGACAGAUGAGAUCUUUUACCAAAAACUGACAGGUUUGGAAGAGUCCAGUGAAAAAGCUCAGACUCCAGAGGAACAUGGGCUGGACUCGGAGGGUGACAGCGACACGAGCGAAGAUGAAGAACGAAGCAACGAAAGCGGCUCCAGGUUACACCACAGACCACGAGAUGAGUCCCCCAAUGCUAAAAGAGAAAGGAAAAAAGCAGUGAAGGAAGAGAAAAGGGAACACAGGAAGAAUAAGAUUCCAAAACACGUCAAGAAACGGAAAGAGAAACUGGCUGUAAUGCGAAGAGGCCCUCACAAGUAACACAUUACAUAAACAGUGUAUAUAUAUUUUAUUUAAUCUCUAGUGUUUACAUUUACAAUUUGCUCCUACAAGACCUAUACAGAGUGAGUAAAAAAAAAGGAAACCCAAAUGACGCCCCCUGUUUUUUACCCUGACCCCGCGAAUCCUUUAAAAUCCUCUUUGCCAAAAGUGGAGGAAUUUGGACGAUUGAGGUCACAUGGCAAAAGUACGUUACUGAUUUCGUAGGAUGCACUUUGUCAAGGUCUUGGGGCAGACCUUGUCUUGUUUUUGCUUAGCCAUGCAUAAAUAUAUUUGCAGGAUU